GCUUUUAUUCUGAAGGGCUCUCGUCGGAAGUUGUUGUUGCUACGCUGAAGACCGGUGUCACUUCUCGGAGCCGGUUACGGAUUUAAAACAAACCAAAAAAAGUCGCAAUGACAGACUCCUCACUUCUCAACUCCGAGCUGGAAUUACAGCAACAAGAGGAACUGUAUCAACAGCUGCUCCUUCAGACCAUUGGAACAAUGCAGACGGAAAAUCCAGACUCCAAAGUGAUCCGACCACAUCCUGGCAUGUGUGUGAAGACUCUCUCCGAGCCAGACAAGCAGAAGGUCUUCAUCAACAUCUGUCAGUCCAACUCGGUCCCGUGUCCUCCUGACCUGUCCAGAGAGGAGCUGGUGGAGCUGCUCCAGUCGGAGGAUCCCAGUGGUUACAGAGUUCCCAUGAGCCUCGGCGAGCCGCACACAGAAGUAGACAACCACUCUCAGGGCUGCACAGCGUACGACGUUGUCAUCAGCCAGGAGUUCUUUCAGAAGUGUCAGAAGGAUCCGUUAUUCCAGCAGUUUGUUAUUCUGGUUUGUGUUGAGGGUUUAGAAAACAAAUACAAUCUGGAGCUGAGCAGAGACUGGAAAAUUCUGAAGAACAGAAAGUUUUUGGGGUCGGUUAGCGAGCAGAACAUCAGGACGAAGAGCAGGCCCGUGAUUCAAGAGCUGCAGCCCCAGGAGAAACCCACUGCAACUCCAAAAAGACCGGAGUUCUCUCUGCUCGUAGAGCCUCCUGCUGGGGACCCCGAGUAUCUCAUAGCAGAAAUAAAGCUUCCCGGAGUGAUGUCGUCUCGCUCUCUGGUCCUGGACGUUGGAGAGGACCGGCUGGUGUUGACAGCUCGGCCCUCGCUCUUCCACCUGGACGUCUUCCACCCCUUCCUGGUGGACCAGGAGAACAGUGUGGCUCAGUACAACAGCAGCACACAGGACAGAACCUCUUCCGGCGUUUCAGGUUUAAAUAGGAUCAUUGUGGAUGUAAAAACCUCUGAACCUCUAAGCCUUAAUUGCAGGUGCGUAUCCAGUAAAUGCCGAUUUGUGGAACCAGUUCCUGCUUCUUAAAGAAAUGAGUCAUGCAAGUUUCUGAUGUUUAAACCUCAAACUUCUCACCUUAGAAAUGAAAAAGCUACUCGGAUGAGCAGCUAAAUGUCUUC